AUGGCGCGGAAUUCUCAUGAGGACGAUUCCACAACACCGCUCUUGCAGGCAGGGCAGCCCAGCUAUCAGACUACCAGUCAAAAUCCUUCUUCGUUUGAGCAAGAUGCUGUCCCUACGGGAGCCUCGAGCCCGGAGCGUGUUCCAGAGAAGUGGAAUCAACCCAAGAUUAAGGCAUGGAGGGUGCUCGCAACCUUCUAUAGCUUCAUUGUGAUUGGUGCAAACGAUGGGGCUUACGGGGCAUUGAUUCACUACUUGGGUAGCUACUAUCAUGCAGACUAUGCGGCGGUUUCGGUGGUCUUUUUGUCUCCAUUCAUCGGAUAUGCCACCGCAGCUCUGGCGAACAACUCCAUUCACGAACGGUUUGGUCAGCGGGGAAUUGCAGUGCUCGGUCCUGGAAUGCACAUUCUCGCCUAUCUGGCCGCUACACAGCAUCCCCCAUAUCCCGUGCUGAUCACUAUAUUCAUCCUCGCCGGUCUCGGAAGUGGAGUGGUCGAUGCCUCAUGGAAUGCCUGGAUAGGCGCCAUGCCGAACAGCAGUCAACUGAUGGGUGUUUUACAUGCAUUCUACGGGUUGGGAGCUGCCCUGGCUCCGUUGAUUGCAACAUGGUUGGUGACCCAGAGAGGCUGGCAGUGGUACGAGUUUUACUACCUGAUGGCUCUUGCGGCGGGCCUGGAGUUUGUCACUUCUGUCGCGGCCUUCUGGUCAGCGACCGGAUCAGCUCAUGAGUUGGAACCCCUAGACAGUCUCAGUAAUGAGGACACACAAGGCGAGGACGAUACAACCGAAGGAAGGCGGCAGAGUCCAACGAUCGAGUCCUUGGGCCUCGCAUCUACUUGGAUCAUCAGCUUCUUUCUGUUCGUAUAUGUUGGCGUUGAAGUCUCCAUGGGAGGCUGGAUCUUUACUUUCCUCGUUGAUCUUCGCCACACGACACCGUUCUCUGCCGGUAUCGUUACUUUCACUUACUGGGGAGGACUCACGCUGGGACGCGUCUGGCUUGCUUUCCUCACGUCAUGCUUCAAGACGCAACGCAUGGCGGUGCUGAUGUACCUUGUGGUAUCCAUUCUUUUACAUUUGGCAUUCUGCUUUGUGAGCAAUUUCCUCAUGUCCGCCAUUGUUGUCACUCUUCUGGGGUUCUUCCUCGGACCACUUUACCCCGAAGCAGUCAUUGCUCAAGCGAAGAUUCUCCCUAGAUAUCUUCAUGUCGCGGCGGUUGGAUUUGCCUGCGCCCUCGGGAGCGCAGGGGGUUGCGUGAUGCCCUUUAUCACUGGAUUCAUUGCCAGAGCAUAUGGCAUCAAAGUCCUCCAACCGGUAGUCCUAGUCAUGUUGAUCCUUUGCUUGGGUUUGUGGAUUGCGCUCCCUUCGGGGCCGAGAAUGUCCUAACGAAAUAAUUUUCCCCGCUGAUCCUCAAUCGUUCCUAUUGUUCUUAGGUAAACAGCAUUC